UCCUGGUGGGGUCCAAUUCCUUCUCUUGGUCAUAUUCGAUCGUAUUCGAUAAACAAACUAUAGUGACUGCUGUCGUGACUAAUCUAAAACUCAGUAACUGCCCACUACCCCGCACAGAUGUGGACAGUUGCCUUGCUACCUUGUUAAUUCCUAUGGUUAAUUCGCCAAAAGCUCCGACUCAUAGUGGCUUUGCAGUUGUUGGACUACACACUGUACAAACUUAGGGUGACGUCAUCUCCUGUCGCCUCAUCGUCUGACAACAUUCAAAACUAUUGGCGGUGAAACUAGCUGACUGCUGCAUAGCUGCUGUGUACUAACUGCUGUGUUCACUGCAAUGGCUCCUCUCAAAUUUGUCAUUAAGUGUGGGAACUUUGCUGUGCUGGUGGAUCUCCACGUUCUGCCCCUGGGCGGCCAAGAGGACGCCAGCUGGUUUACUACGGACCACAUCGAGGAGGUUACAGCCCUGGUUCGGGAUGCUGUGGACCAGAGGGUUAAGCAGCACACAGAGUCCCUCCACAAUAGAAGACAGCCCAAACAGAAGAAGGAGCUGGCAUCUGCUUCAGCUUUUUUUGUGAAAGGGAAGAACUUCAACCUGGUCGCCAAUUUUCUGAAGCGGCACUUAAACCUCAGAUGUAUUGUCAAGCAGCUCUAUGGGGAUUUGCGUGUGUUUCCUGAACGCUAUGUUGUGUGUGUGAGCUGUCCAGAGGAUGCCUCAGCGCACCAUGGAAACCCGAGUCUGGCCGCGACUGAAUUGAGCGAACAAAGCCGAUCGGAAUAUUUUUCCAGAGUGGGAGAAACCCAAGAGCCUUUAAACUGCCCCGCAAAAACAAAGAAGACUGUGCUUCAAAAGAUAGCCAAACAAGCUAGUGUCCAGCAAGAGCUCUAUGUUUCCAGAAUGGGGGAGCAGCAGAUGGACCAGAGCGCCUGUCCCAAAAAGCAAAGAGGGGAACUUAAAGCCGGAGAGUCAGAAUUCAGCUCUGGAUGGAAGGCUGUCCCAGAGGCAGACCACACAGUGCCUUGCCCCGGUACUUUAAAUGAAGCCGUGGCUCAGAUUGGGACGACUCAAAAGCAGGGUCUGACCCAGGAGCAGCAGACUGAGAACAGUCCUCCAGACAGCAUCAGCCCAAAUGGGGCCUCAGUAGUUUUCUGCCAACAUGAAAUCAGUCAGGAGACAAGAAAGAGCAAGAGGUGCAAGUCGAGCGAUGCAGGGGAAGACCCUCGCACACAGAGGGCCAAGAGGACGUGCCUUGGAAGACCUCCAGCCACAAUGCAAACCCAAUCCACCGAGUGCUCCACACAAACAUCCAGGCAUGACCUUCUUCCUCUGCCGCCCCUUCCCCUAGUCGAAGCCAAGGCAGAGUCCAAGGCUUUCCCUGUCUCCGAGCGCAAGAAAACCACACUGGAAGUAGAGCUGCUUACUCCAGGGAAACGGGCCCAGAGGCUCCCCCUCACAAGCAAUAACACGGCACAGACAAACCAAAACAGCCCGGCCGCAAGUCUGAGGGGCCUAUCUGUCAAGCCUGCAUCCUCAGGCUCCUCUAUUAGUUCCAGAUCCACACUCGGAGAGGAGGGGAGUGAAAAUGUGCCCAGAACCUCUAGAUUACGACGACUGAAGAGGUCCUGAGGGGGAGAGACGAGCUACAGUAAAGAUGCCUGACGCCACAGAGAUAGAGAUGAUAUUGUGUCAGGCUACAUGUUUCCCUCACAUGACAUGCAUUUGUACACGUGUCACAUUUUACUAUCUAUAUAAUAUCUAUUCUUUUCACAUGUGCUGUACAUGCACUACACACACACACACACACACACACACACACACACACACACACACACACACACACACACACACACACACACACACACACACACACAUUCACAAAUCAAAUGCUGAACACAUUAUGGCAAUUGAUACAUGAGCAUUUGAGUUACGCUUUGUCAAACACUUGAAACAGACUUUGCCUCCACCCAUAAGUAGUGGUGGUCAAGAGAGGCUCGCAAAUGAAAGUCAAAAACCUUUAAUUGGAGUUUAGAUUUGGUUUUGUGUUAAAGAUUGGGGAUUUCAGACAGGCAGGAGCCAUGCAGUACGUCAUGGCUUUCAGUCUGAAAUACUGGCUCCUACGUGUCUGAAAACUGUCCAGUUUCCCCGCUGAAGCUCUGGUGUGAUUGAUUGCUGUUUCCAGAUUUAUUUCAUCACCCCAUUCUCAAAAAUGUACUUAUGUAGUUAGAUUUCAUUCAUAUACAAUUUGCUCAAUAAUAAGUUGCUAAGCACCUGAAAUGUAUCUUUAAAUUUGAGGGUAUUAUGCAGAUUUUAUUUUGAACUUGAACCAAAUAUGUGUGGGUUUAUGAGCAGUAUUGAAUUAUUAGUGGUUUCAUUUGGGAGUAGCAGGACGUCUACAGUAUCACAGGUUAAAAUGUAGCUGCUGUCGUCGCCCCAACACUCGACAGGGCUGUUUGGGCCGGGGCCAGCUGAGCAAUCCAGAGAGCAUAGGGCAACUAGCGGCCAACAGUCACUCAUACCCCCAUGUAAAGCCCAAGAUGUUCCACUUGAUGACAUAAUGUUGCCUGAAUACAUUACUCCCGAUUUUCUUUUUAUUGGACUGGAAAGACAUUUUAUGAUAUAAAGAAAUUUGUUUUUCCCAUGAAAAAAAGCAAUCCCUCAACCUUUUGUUUAAACCCUUGUUUGUUUUUGCUUGUUUCCAACAUUUUAAAUUGUUACAUUUUCUUCUACACAUUUUCAGCGCUUAUUUAUACGUCCCAUAUUUUCUGAAAAUAUGAAAAAUUGAAAACGUGUCAAUUUGAUCCAAAGUCAACACUAUCUUCUGGAAGCAGCCAGCAUGAAACUGCAUGUAGAGCUCUGCACAUUGUUUUCCUCCCACACAGUCCAGGCGCUGAAGCUCAUGGCAAUUUGACAGUGACGGUCUGUCCAACAGUGAUGUUGCUAAUAAACCAGUCUUUCGCGGC